UCGUGGCUGUAGGUCGAGCAAAGCCGAAAUUUUAUUAAGUGCACGAGUCGACGGUGUCCGAAAGAGACAGAUCUAGCUAGUUCACAACUCUUGAGCAAUCUAGCUAGUUCAUGCACGUAACGUUAGCACCACCGGCCGGCCGGAUCGAUCAGGUUGUAGGGAUUACGGCGGCGAUCGAUGGACAUCGUCGGCGCGGGCACUUCGCCGGCAGCGAGGUGGAAGGCACCGGCGUCCAUGGUGUUGGUGCAGCUCUUCAACUCGGGGAUGAUUCUGCUAUCGAAGGUGUCCAUCAACGGUGGCAUGUUCGUGUUCGCGCUGCUCUCGUACCGCAGCGUAUUCGGUGCCAUCUUCAUCCUUCCCUUUGCACUCAUCUUCGAGCGAGGCAAGUGGAGGGACAUUGAUUGGAGCGCAACCGGAUGGAUUUUUUUUAAUGCGUUCAUCGGAUAUGCCGUACCAAUGAGCCUCUACUACUAUGGCCUCAAGGAUACCACACCAUCCUACUCCGUCAUCUUUACAAACAUAAUUCCCUUAUUCACCUUUGUUCUUUCACUUGUGUUUAGACUAGAGACAUUCAAAUUAAGAAGCAAGGCUGGCCUACUGAAGAUAGUGGGUGUUCUGGUCUCUGUUGGAGGCACAAUGCUUGUCAGCCUUUACAAGGGGAAGUCACUGCAUCUCUGGAAUUCCAUCUUGCAGCACCAAAAGGAACAACAAACGAAGUCUGCAACCAAUCAGCUAAGAGGGACAAUUUUCUUGGCAGGCAGCAGCCUCACCUUUGCUUGCUGGUACCUUGUUCAGUCAAAGGUUCUCAAAGUGUACCCGUAUAAAUAUUGGUCUUCCAUGGUGACAUGCUUGGUCGGAGGAUUUCAGACAGCAUUUGUUGGAAUCAUAUUAAGGAGAGACAAGAAUGCUUGGAUGCUAGGAUGGGAUCUCAACCUUGUUACUGUAGUGUACUCGGGGGCACUUGCAACAGCUGGAAAAUAUAGCCUAAAUUCAUGGGCAGUUGCUAAGCGAGGCCCAGCAUAUCCUCCAAUGUUUAACCCACUAUCAGUCAUCUUCACUGUUGUUUUUGACUCUAUCCUUAUGGGCGAUGAUCUUACAGUAGGAAGUCUCAUAGGCACGGCAAUGGUGAUUGUUGGGCUCUACCUUUUUCUCUCAGUGAAAGCAUGAGAAGGUCCAUGGAUGUAAACAUGUAGAUUCUACAAAGGUUCUCGAAGCUAUAGAAUAGAGUUGUAUAUGCAGACAGUGAAAUGUAUGUAAUUCAAUAAUUAAAUGUGAAACAAUAUACUCGAGGAGGUGAGCAUGCACUUACACUGUUUGUUUAUUAAUAUUUUGCUCAACAA